GUGCGGGUGCCCAGAAGGGUCAGGACUUCCAGCUGUCGCAACCCCAGGACAAAGUGUCAGUGACAGCAGGGGGGACGCUCACGCUGAACUGCACCCUGUCUGGACACAGUCCCGCUGGCCCCACGAAGUGGCUGAAGGGCUGGGGCGAAGGGAACAAGACUGUUUAUGACCAGAGGGUACCUGACCCCCGCGUGACGAGAGGCGUGAAUGGGUCCAACACAGACUUCACCAUCCACAUCAGAGAUGCUCAGCCUGAGGAUGCCGGCACCUAUUACUGCGUGAAG